AUGAAGCUGCAAUGCCUCAACUGGAUUAUCCGUCGCGCUUUCCGACACGUAACAGUCACAUUCACAAUCACCGAGUACGCCAGCAUCGGAGCAGAUAGCUCACCGCUAGCGCUGCACAUUGAUGUCGUACAUACUGUAACCGGCGGAUUCAACGGUACAACUGAGAAGCGGACGCUCGACUGGAAGGCUUAUGCCCAAAAAGAUUACGUUUUCGGGACUCUUAGCGUCCGUAGCCGACUUAUUGGAGGUGUGGAAGAUGAGAAUGGCCAAGUUCGACCAGCACUUGAGCUGGACAUAACAAACUUAAAUCAAAGGAUGUACGACUUCCUGAGGGGGACAGUCUCUGCUGAGGGUGAGCACGAGGAAGGCUUUUUAGUCGAGGGGCCGCCGCAAAAAGAGAUGGGAGGUAGUCGUGGAAGUUGGUUGCAUACCGUCUCGCACAGUGAAGACCUAGGAUGGACUAUGGAGCAGGUAUGGGGCUUCGAAGCCAUUCGCGGCAAGCGUUACCACACACGGCGGGCUGUGGUUAUUAACAAAUUUGGUGAUUGUGCCAUGGGCCGGGUUGUAUACAAGUGGCAUAGUGAUAUUCGUGACAAAUAG